AUGGAAGAUCCAAAGGCUGCAGAAGCGAAAGCCAGAGGAAACGCUGCCUUCGCAGAGAAGGAUUUUGCGACAGCAAUCAAGCACUUCACUGAGGCUAUCAGUCAUUCGACCCACCACGUUUUCUACUCCAACAGGUCAGCAUGCUAUGCAUCUCUGGGUGAGUAUGAGAAAGCUCUGGAGGAUGGGUCUGAAUGUGUAAAGCUGAAGCCGGACUGGCCAAAGGGAUAUGCCAGAAAAGGGCUUGCAGAAUUCUUCCUCAAGCGGUAUGAUGAGGCCGCUGAGACUUACAAAAAGGGCCUGGAAUUGGCACCCGAGGAUCCCUCUUUGAAGGAGGGGCUGCAGAAGGUGAUGGAUGCGAAAUAUGACGUGUCUCCUGCAGCCUCUAGCUCUGACUCUGCCGAGGAUCUGUUUGGGAAGUUCGAUGCGAACUCCCUCACCAUGGCAGCUGCGCGGAACCCCCGAGUGAAAGAGCACCUUCAUUGA